AAAAAUUUUAUCGAUCACCUAUAGCUUUCUCUCCCAGCUCGCGAACAAAAGCAAACCCGACGGAGACUGCAGCUCUUCGUCGGCAAUCUCUUCCACAGGCGGCGUCUAAUCGCAGAUCUUUCGGUGUCUUCCAUCUCUGUAACAUUCUGGUUGUCGUUUUGCGAUGGCGGAGCAUUUAGCUUCGAUCUUUGGUACCGAAAAGGACAGAGUGAACUGUCCCUUCUACUUCAAGAUUGGCGCUUGCCGUCACGGUGACCGCUGCUCUCGUCUCCACAACCGUCCUACCAUCUCCCCAACACUCCUCCUCUCCAACAUGUACCAGAGACCCGACAUGAUCACCCCCGGUGUCGAUGCAAAUGGCCAGCCCCUCGACCCGCGCAAGAUCCAAGAGCACUUUGAGGAUUUCUUCGAGGAUCUCUUUGAGGAACUCGGCAAGUUUGGCGAGAUUGAAAGCCUCAACAUUUGUGACAACCUUGCUGAUCACAUGAUUGGCAACGUCUAUGUUCAGUUUAAGGAAGAGGAUCAGGCCGCAGCCGCUUUGCAGGCUCUGCAAGGUAGGUUUUAUUCGGGGCGUCCCAUCAUUGCCGAUUUCUCUCCUGUCACGGAUUUUCGGGAAGCCACGUGUAGGCAGUAUGAAGAGAACAACUGUAACCGUGGUGGGUAUUGUAACUUCAUGCACGUGAAGCUUGUUUCGAGGGAGCUGAGGAGGAAACUCUUUGGGAGGUCUAGGCGGUCUUACCGCAGGGGAAGUGGAAGUAGAAGCAGGAGUAGGAGUAGGAGUAUAAGCCCUAGGCAUAAGAGAGAGUAUGACCGGCGUGAUCCUCCUCACAGGGAGUUUAGUCACCGGGACAGGCAUGGAAGUGGGAAAAGGAGUAGUGAGAGGUCGGAGAAGGGACACAGGGACGGUUCAAGGAGGAGACAUGGAAGCCCUCCUCCUAGACGAGGAGGGAGCCCUGGUGGUGGGAGAGAAGGAAGCGAGGAGAGGAGGGCAAGGAUUGAGCAAUGGAACAGAGAACGGGAGGAGAAGGAAGAGGGAGGAGGAGCAUAAGAAGAACAUAACUGCUGCAAUGUGGUGGAUUCUGCUGUCAGCUUCUCUGCGUUUGUUGAUGUAUUCUGAAGUCGGUAAAAUCUAGUGAUGGAUUUUUCAUGUGGUUGUUCUAAUUUGGGAACUUGGAAUGAGAGUGGAAUCAACUCCUUUAGAUUAUAAAAAUAAUGUUGUUGGGGUUACUUUCUUGUAGUUGUGAUUAGGAAAAACUUUGUUGCCUAGCGUCCCCUAGUUACCUAUCUUCACCAGUGUCCUUUAGAACUUUGUACUAUCUUCUCUUUAGUUAAAAGGUUCUUCUAUCA